AUGGCCUUUAGAUUCAGUGUUUCUAGUAAAUGUCGUGGCGGCAUUGUGGAUCCAGUAUUGGGUGGUAAUGGUGGAAGGGAUUCGAUUUGGGGAGAAGAUUUUGAGCCAGACGGAGGUAUGGAGGAAGUGACUUUGGCGGGGCCAUGCGAUUGGUUCAACUUUGAGGCUUGCGAAUCCAACGCUGCAAAAAGGCCAGAUGAUGAUAUUUUGAUGUUCGAAAGCCUGGAAUCCGAAGACCAUAAAUAUGAGAUAAAAGAAAUUCCCGUAAACCCGGUGCAACCGCACCAACGAGCGGUACAAGCCGGUGUCGUUAAUCCAAUUCAGCACGGACAGUCAUUCGAUUGCCACGACCAAGGGAAUAGUUCAACAACAGGGGCGCUUUACGGAGACAUCCUCCCAGCGGUAGAAAUAAUCGAUUCCUUCCCUGUCGAUUCCAAAUGCAUGGCCUUACCCUCCGGAUGCUUCUUACAAUCAUGUUUUGGCACCGCCGGUAUCUUCCUUUGCAACAAAAGCACUGAGAAUGUUAAUAUCAAUUGCUCCUAUAUUGCCAAGAUCGCGAGGGAGAUCUAUACGAAUUAUAUUAGCAGGCAUCAGGACCAAGUUGCCAGGCUUGACUUUUGUCGAAGAAUAAAGCCACCGGUUGAUGAACUUGGGCGACCCUUAAUGGACGGACCAAAGGGAUUGGAGUAUACAGGGAAUAGCUUUAGAAAGAAGGAGUUUGCGACGCAGGGUGGGGAUGAUAUGUGGAGUCUACAAAUCAACAGGACACAAAGUUGUUAUGAGAGACAAGAUAGGCCUAGGGAGUUCGAGGAUGGGUUUAUUGCGCUCGGGAGGUGGGACGGCAUUUCCAAACCUUCUCCUCCAGUGACCAAUGCUGUCCCUACCGUUAGCGACUUCUCGGGUCUACUUUCUGGUGGAAGCGGCAAAACGAUGAGGUCUGUGGCGGCUGCACACACGACAACACAUGUUCGGCCUUCCAGCGGACUCGCUCAAUCCCUGGUUGCAUUCUUAUUCCUUACCCGAAUAACCUUGGCAAUCGCAAGUCCACCGACGAUUUUCCCAAUCCCGUUUCAGAAGUACGGGAUAAGAACGCCUGGAAAGCACCAGCCGCGCCCGUUGAAGCGAGGCGACAAUACCUUUGAAUAUAGAAACGUCGUUCUUGAUGAUGAAUUUAUCGAAGGGCGACGUCUAGAAUCGAGAGACGACGGCGACGCUUCGGAUGAUCUCCCAGACGAUAUUGUACACCAACUGCUUGAGAACAAGGGCAUUCUCUAUCUUGCCAAUGUCACCGUUGGAACCCCGCCGCAGUCGAUGCAAUUGCAAAUAGACACAGCCAGUUCAGAUAUCUGGGUUCUUUCGGAGUCUCUCGCUGCCUGUCAUGGCCCUGCUGAUUACGAUCUUUGGAAUACAGAUUGCAGCUUUGGAUCUUUCAAUCGAGACGCCUCAUCAACAUUCAAGCUCUUAGGGAAAGAUCGCUUUGGUAUUUUAUAUGCGGACGGCACUGGUGCAGAGGGUGACUAUGCCGAAGAUACAUUUACCGUAGGCGGGGCAACCGUCGAGGGUAUGCAAAUCGGGGUUGCGACCACGGCAAACCUAUCAUACGGGAUCUUAGGGGUUGGGUUUGAAGCUGACCAGGCGAGCAACUCCCCUGGAGGUAUGGGGAUCUAUCCCAGUCUCCUGGGGGAGAUGGUUACGCAAGGGUUAAUCAAAUCUAAGGCUUUCAGCCUAUGGUUGGAUGAUUUUGCUUCUGACACGGGCUCGAUAUUGUUUGGUGGCAUUGAUAGUGAAAGGUUCACAGGACAGCUUACGAGCAUACCUAUCGAAGUCGCACCGGGCCAAGAAGAGCCACUUGCCUUCGCUGUUCCCCUGACUGCUGUCGCGUUCUCAAACGGGAAAUCGCAUGUCAAUUUUACUUCGAGAUACCUCCCAGCAACCGUCAUUCUGGACUCUGGAAGCAGUCUUACUUUUCUACCCCACCCUUUAGCCUGGUCAAUCGCGAAUCAAACCGGUGCAAAGCUUUCCCACCAGCUUAAUCUCUACAUCAUUGAUUGCAACUACCCGACAGAUGAUGUUUAUGUGGAGUACUCCUUUUCAUACACCCUCACUAUACGAGUACCAAUGACGGAGUUGAUACUGCCCCUGACGAAGUACUCGGGUGGCAUGGCGAAGAAUCUGGAUGGGUCGGAUAUUUGUGCCUUGGGGAUUGCGAGUUCUCCAAAGGAAACUGUAUGUCUCUUUGGUGAUACAUUUCUACGGUCUGCAUACGUUGUUUAUGAUCUCGACAACGCGAGAGUGGCAAUGGCACAAACAAAUUUUGAUCCAGUAGGACAGAAUAUCGUCGAAAUUGGAAUAGGGAAAGAUAGUGUCCCAUCCGUGGGGACUUGGGCAAUGACUAUAAUGGCGACAAGCACAAUCGAUAUUACGUACGGCAAGCAAACAGGUACAAGUAGCCCCGCUACAGCGCUGCUACCACCACGACUAUGGAAACAUAUAGGAUUUCUAGUCGUGUCGCUUUUGCUACUGAGAUGA